GGCGGCCCCGGGAGCAUGAGCGGGCAGCGCGUGGACGUCAAGGUGGUGAUGCUGGGCAAGGAGUACGUGGGCAAGACGAGCCUGGUGGAACGAUACGUGCACGACCGCUUCUUGGUGGGGCCCUAUCAGAACACCAUCGGGGCCGCCUUCGUGGCCAAGGUGAUGUCCGUUGGAGACCGGACGGUGACUUUAGGUAUUUGGGACACAGCAGGCUCUGAGCGCUACGAGGCGAUGAGCCGAAUCUACUACCGGGGUGCCAAGGCUGCCAUCGUCUGCUACGACCUGACGGACAGCAGCAGCUUUGAGCGGGCAAAGUUCUGGGUGAAGGAACUGCGCAACCUAGAGGAGGGCUGUCAGAUCUACCUGUGCGGCACCAAGAGUGAUCUGCUGGAGGAGGACAGGCGGCGUCGACGUGUGGACUUCCACGACGUCCAGGACUAUGCAGACAAUAUCAAAGCUCAGCUCUUUGAAACAUCCAGCAAGACAGGCCAGAGUGUGGACGAGCUCUUCCAGAAAGUGGCAGAGGAUUACGUCAGUGUGGCUGCCUUCCAGGUGAUGACAGGGGAAGCUGCCAGGACCAGACUUCCUUCCUGCCAUUCUGUUCUCAUGAUGUGACCUGGGAGUCCAGCUCCAAAUGAGAACAUGAACCAUACCCCUUCAACGCUAUGCUUGGGAAGACCAAGGGGCUGUUACAAUUACAGCAGAGAACAAAGAGCACCCUAAAUGGAUUUUAGCACCAACCUGCUGGUCGCUUGGUUAGAUUGAGACAGUCAGCGUGGUAAACUUUUGGGCAGCCUGGCUUCUUGCAAGAGACGAGCUGGCCAGCAUCCCCACAGCUGAAACACUCAUCCUCUCUCUCCUUUGUGAUUUCACCCUGGGUCCUGCGCUUCCCCUGUUGCUUCUUCUUGAAUUUCUUUGACUUUUCUUCCGUGGCAAUGGGUUGAUUCUAGAGGUCAGAUAUUGAGCAGUCAGCAUUCUGUCGAUACAUUAGUUGUAUGAUCUUGACCAGGUUAACUAUUCUCUCUGAGCCUCAGUCUCUCCUCUGGGAAGAGACAAUCCUCAUAGACUGUUGUAAAGAUAAGAGAAAAUACAGGAAAGGCACCUGGCACAUCAUAGGUACCCAAUAAAUAGUUGCAUUAAUUCUAACUUUUCUAUGAACUACUCCUGCCACCUGCAUGAAAUAAGAGAAAUAAACUUUUUGUUAACAUACAAGGCUGGUAUUAAAGGUUCCCCUUUUGUAAGUUUUAUUUUUAUGUUUGUCUGGGUAUGUAUGUGUGUGUAUGCAUACAGAUUUCUUAAUUUAUUCAACACCCCUUCACUGAGCACUUUAGUAAGAGUCACAUGCUAGGAAGACACAGAAAACUAAUUCAUUAUCCUUGCCCUCAACAAGCUAUGUGCCUUCAUCUAUGUCAAAUUAGAUUCAUGUCCACUACUCCCCAAGACAGACCCUGGUGCAGCCAGCACGUCUCCUCUGUGUUCCCUGCAGCCCACACUUGCUUACCAAACCCCAUGGUUUUCAUCGCAUUAUUUAUGUUAGAUUAGAAACAUCCAGGAUCAAUUCAACUUAUUACUAUCUCACAGUGAUCUCCCAUUUCUAAACUUCUCUCAAAAUUCUUUCUGAUUCAUGUGUGAAAUGUUACAUAGAUGUUAAGGAUGCAGAAACUGAUAUCCCUAGUGAAUGUAACACCUUUACACUUGAGUUAAACAUAGUUAUUAUUUUGAUUUAUAGGGAAUAAAUCAACUGGACACCUUUAAGAAACAAGACCAUUUAACCAACCAACUAAUGAAAAAAAAUAUAAAGAUAAUUUUGUUAUUUAAUAAAAGAAUAUUUUGUGGGUGUU